UCCUGCUGUAACUAAGGAAAACGGCUAACUACAGGCCCUAACACAAUCUUGAGAAACAGCUUCCAUGGCCCUGCUUUGGAAGACAGACAGGGUCAAUUGAGGAGAAAGUGUGGUCAUCACACAUUUAGCGUCACGUGUGGAAGGAAAUAUUUUCUCUCAAACUUUUCUAGAUACAGUCAUUUUGUCUUAUCUUGGGGAUCACCCGUUGAGCCUCCAUGGCCUUUCAGGACCUCCUGGAUCAAGUUGGAGGCCUGGGGAGAUUCCAGAUCCUUCAGAUUGUUUGCCUUUGUAUUUCCAGCAUUAUAGUGUUCCCUCAUGUGCUAUUGGAGAACUUCACUGCAGCCGUCCCUGGUCACCGCUGCUGGGUCCACAUCCUCGACAAUGACACUGUCUCUGCUAAUGGCACUGGGAUCCUCAGUCAAGACACCCUCCUGAGAAUCUCCAUCCCACUGGAUUCAAACCUGAGGCCAGAAAAUUGUCGUCGCUUCCUUCAUCCCCAGUGGCAGCUCCUUCACCUGAAUGGGACCUUCCCUAAUAUGAGUGAGCUGGACACGGAGCCAUGUGUGAAUGGCUGGGUGUAUGACCAAAGCUCCUUCUCCUCCACCACUGUGACUGAGUGGGACCUGGUGUGUGAAUUUCAGUCACUGAUCUCAGUGUCUAAAUUCUUAGUCAUGGCUGGAAUGCUGGUGGGAGGCAUCAUAUAUGGCCAUUUAUCAGACAGGUUUGGGAGGAAGUUGAUACUCAGAUGGUGUUUGUUCCAGUUAGCCGUUGCUGGCACCUGUGUAGCCUUUGCUCCUACCUUCUUCAUUUACUGCACACUACGCUUCUUGGCUGGCCUUUCUGUCAUGACCAUCCUGUUAAAUAGUAAUAUGCUCAUUUUAGAAUGGACGUUACCCCAAUUCCAAGCCUUGGGAACGACACUGGCGGUUUGUUCCUAUAGUGCUGGGCAGAUAAUACUAGGAAGUCUGGCUUAUGCCAUUGGAGACUGGCGCACCCUCCAGCUGGUGUUUUCUGUGCCCGUAUUUGUCAUCGUUCUGUCUUCAGGGUGGCUGGCAGAGUCUGCUCGGUGGCUUAUUAUCACCAACAAACCUGAGGAGGCCUUAAAUAAACUUAGAAAAGCAGCACACAGAAAUGGAAGGAAGAAUGUUGCAGACACCCUAACUCUGGAGGUUUUGAAAUCCGCCAUGCAGGAGGAGCUGGAAGCAGCACAGAACAAACCUCCUGUGUGUGACUUGUUCCGCACACCCAACCUGCGUAAAAGGAUCUGUGUACUGUCCUUUAUGAGAUUUACAACCUUAAUUCCCUAUUUUGGCCUGAAUCUCCAUGUCCAGCACUUGGGGAAAAAUGUUUUCCUGUCCCAGGGUCUUUUUGGUGUAGUCACACUUCCAAGCAAUUAUGUUGCACUUUUGGCACUGAAUCACCUGGGCCGUCGAGUCAGCCAGAUGCUUUUCCUGUUCCUGCUGGGAAUCUCCAUUCUGACCACCACGUUUGUGCCUGAAGAAAUGCAGACCCUGCGUGUGGCUUUGGCAACUUUGGGAGUAGGAGUUUGUUCUGCCGCUAUCACCAGUUCUGCUACCCAUGGAAAUGAACUGAUCCCCACUGUAGUCAGAGCACUAGUUUUAGGAGUCAUUGGAAUUGCUGCUAACAUUGGGUCAGCUGUGGCUCCCCUCCUGAUGAUCCUAACGGUGUAUUCCUCCCACCUGCCCUGGAUCAUCUAUGGAGUCUGUCCCAUCCUCAGUGCACUUGUUGUCCGACUCCUUCCUGAAACCAGGAAUCAGCCCCUGCCUGACUCCAUCCAGGAUGUGGAGAAUGAGAGAAAAGGCUGGAGAAAAGCAAAGCAGGAAGUUAUUUCCAUGAAAGUGACAACAUUUUAAGGAAUUCCAGGAGCUGAUGCUGAUUCAAGAGCAAAAUAUAUGGGAGAAAUGAGAUAAUUUCUCAUAGGGGAAAAUUUGUAAAAUAAAUAAAUAAAAAUAUAUAAUGAAGA